AUGCUGCAUAGCCUUAGCUGCAUAGCCGUAGCCAAUCCCAUAGAUCUUCGUGUUUAUCCUAGAACCACUUAUACCUGCUCGGAAAAGAACCCUCGCGCAGGUCUAUCCCCCACCCUUCCGUCGACAAUCCUUGCCCUUUUCCCAAACGUUAUUGUUCAUCCUGUCUUUUAUAUAAUGAAAGUCUGUCUUGAAGAGGCCUUUGCCUAUCUUUUGUUCCUUCUUUCACCUCAUUCCCCCCCGCUCACAACUCGCGUGAGACACAUAAAACUCGUUGUGCAUGGUCCUUUGUUCAUCGUCAGUAGGCUUUUCGUCAUUGAUUUUCGGAACAAGGUCUUCAACUGCGCUACCCAUUUUGCCUUUCAUAUAACUUACAUCUAUUAACUAACGAGGAAGUUGAACUUGCAGUUGUAUGGAAGGGUAAGCAGCAUGAAAUAAGUAGAAAGACAAAGCAGAUGCUACGUCAAGCUAGCCAAGAAGGAUGGUGAGCAAUGCUAGAAGAAAGUUCACUGCUGGAAACCCUAAAAAGUGUUUCACUCAGUGGCGCAUAUUCGGCAUGUCCUUUUACACCCAUCAAGCAUGUUGCACGACUGUCAUUUCGUUCGAUUCGUCGACAUUUGCUUGUAUGACUCUUACUCUUUUUUUUUGUGUACUGGUAGUAACAACCUAGAAUAUUACGAUCACCGAUUCCACAAAGUCCGUUUAGUAGACUUGUGUGGUUUUUUUUCUAGAGCAAAGAAUUCAAUUUGCAAGCAGCUCCAUAAUUAUCUUUUUACAACUUAGUUACAUAAAGGAUGCUCUCUCGUAUGUUGUUCGUUUUCGUCACAUCUGUAGUCGGGAGCGGAUUCAACAAACUGAAAUUAAAAGUGUUUGUGUUGUAGUUAGUUUUGCGGACAAUAAAUGCUGAAAAGGGAAUUCAACCAAUGCAAGAUAGAGAAAGAUUCCAGGAGUCCUUCUCCUUAGCUUGUGCUUCUCCUUAGGUUGUGCCACCUCCAACAAGUCCUAUCAGUUCCCAAGUAGGUCCGCGGAUGGCAACAGGUAUAUUAGUCUAACAAGCUACACCACUAUAUAAAUAUAUCUUAUAAUAUUUUUAGUGUAACGCGCCACUAUAUACGUUGGACCAUUCGAACGCAGACUUUUAAGUCGCCUCUAGUUUUUCGGUGAGGAGCGCUUGAGUUCGAUACAGAUUGCACGACUGCACUCACAGCCUGAGACUAACGGCCUCUGGCUGCUUUGAUCCCUGUGGAUAUUCAUUGGGGUUGCAAGGAGGAAGUCUCAGCUUCUUCGUUGGGAUAUCAUGACGCAUAGGGAAGCUUUCACGUGCUUCAUAUAGGAACGCCUAUGCUAUCGUCAUUGAUUCGUGCGAUCGUCUUACAUCGAUACUCGUCAUUGGUCAGAACUGACAAGACGUUACGAACCUGAUUACAGCUAUGGACAUUCAUCAUUUCCGCUAUCUGAAUACGUUGAAGGUCCUUUGCCUGUUGAUCAUUGAUUUUGGAACUAUAUGCGUUUAGGCCUGUAGGUUAUCUCUGAGAUCUUUCCUGUGUUGCUUUGUCCUUGACUGUGUUGGGAGGCUUGAGCCACAUACGAGAGAGAGAGGAGAAGCCGAAGACACCCGCGCGACGGUAAACCCGUCGGGCGUUUGGAUAGUGCUCCGGUAACCUUUUGCCUGGCGAUCUUGGUCAUUUCGUUGAUCUUUAUCCUUCUGAUCUUCGUGAUAUUUCCAGAGUUAUGAUCUUGCCCAACAAUAUAUCUUAUAAUAUUAGUCUAACAUCAAACUCAGACUCACGCUAGUACCUACGAUUACAAAAAUGUGCCAGAGUGGAAACCGCUCUACUGCCUCUUGAUGUCGCGUGAUGUAAACUUAAGGAGAAUCUUCUUGUUCACAAGAACCGACCACGGUAUCAUCAGCAGGACUAAAAAUGUUAAUGUUCAUUUUUUUGCAGCUGGAAGCUUUCCCCGCGAUGGCGUGGAACUACCAUCC